AUGGAUUUUGUUAUCUCUAAUUGGAACUGUUUCUCUUUGUCAGAAAAUGAAACUUUUCAUGUCCUUGCAAAUCACAGAGGAAUGUCUGAAUUUGUUUUGGUUGCAAAGUUUCUGACUAAAUGUGUUUUGAAUGUUGAGGCUGUUGGUCGAACUUUCAAGCCAUUUUGGAAAUCUUGGAGGAAAUUUAAGGUUCAAGAUGUUGGAAAUCAUAUUGUAUUGUUUGCUUUCGAUUCAAAAACUGAUGCUCAGCGUGUUUUGAUAAACGGACCUUGGAAAUUUGAUAAGAACUUGGUUCAGGGGGAAGAGGUUUAUGGUAGUCAUUCACAAACAACGGUGGCCAGGGUUGUUAAUGUCAGUUCUAUGGAUACAGAUGGAGAAAUCGUUAAACCUUCAAACAUGGAAAUUCAAAAUUUUUCGAAAGAAGGUUUGACAACUGUCCCUCUAAUUGUUCCUCCUAUUUCUAAGAAAAUUCCUAAUUUGGUGAAGGCUACUCACUCACUAGCCCACAGUUCAACUUCAAAUUCUUCUGAAGUCAACGUGGAAUUGCCAACAACUAAUGUUGCUAUUCCAAUUCCGGAAAAUGCGGAUGUUCCAAUUCCGGAAAAUGCGGAUGUUCCAAUCUCUCAAACACAAUUUCAAAGAAUUGACCUUGAUUCUUUGGAUUAUGAUCCCGGAACACGCAAACAAAUAUGGGAAUAUCAUGUUAAUCAACGUGAUGAAAUUCAACGGGCUUACAUUAAAAAAGGUCCGCACCAACCUCCUCUAGAGACAUUCAAAAAAAGUGGAAAGCAGAAUCGUAGUUUUCAAGCUUCUUGGUAUAGAAAUAAUUCAAAAUGGCUUGAAUAUUCUCCUACAACAGAUGCAGCUUAUUGUCUACCCUGCUUUGUCUUUCAUAAUCCAAAUGUGGUUGUGGGACAAAAUACAUUUAUUGUUGGUGGAUUUAGAAAUUGGAAAAAGGUUGGGGGCAAAGAUUGUUCUUUUCAAGUUCAUAUAGGAAAAGAUCCUAACUCAGCUCAUAGAGUUGCUGAGCAAAUGUGUAAGGAUUUGAUGAACCAAUCGCAGCAUUUGCAAAGAGUAGUUGAUCAUUUCACUACUGAACAAAUUGCAAAUAAUCGGUUGCAAUUGAAGGCCAUAAUUUUUAUUGUGCAAUAUCUUGCCUUUCAAGCUAUAGCUUUUAGAGGUCGAGAUGAAAGUUUUAGUUCAUUAAAUCGUGGGAACUUUCAUGAAUCAUUGGGUAUUGUGACUUUUUGGAAUGAGAAGGUUGCUGAAAUAAUAGAAAAAGGUCCAAAAAAUGCAACCUACACAUCACCUAGGAUUCAAAAGGAAAUUCUACAUGUUUUCUCAGCCAAAGUGAAGAAGGCCAUUCGAGAAGAAAUUGGUGAUGCAAAGUUUUGCAUAAUGGUUGAUGAAGCUCGUGAUGAGUCCAUAAAAGAGCAAAUGGCUGUAGUGUUUAGAUAUGUUGAUGCAGAAGGCUUUGUGAAAGAACGCUUUUUUGGGCUUAUUCAUAUUGUUGACACUGCAGCUUUGACUCUAAAGAAGGGGAUCUAUUCUUUGUUAUCUCAAUAUUGCUUAGAUAUACAAAAUAUUCGAGGGCAAGGAUAUGAUGGAGCAAGCAACAUGCGAGGUAUGUGGAAUGGAUUACAAGCUUUGAUUUUGAAUGUUUGCCCAUAUGCUUACUAUAUCCAUUGUUUUGCACAUCGCUUACAAUUGGCAUUAGUAAAAGCAUCAAAACAAGUUGUUUCCAUUAGUCAUUUUUUUCUUACAUUGCUUUUUCUGAUCAAAAUUGUUAGUGCUUCAUGCAAGCGCAAUGAGCAAUUGAAAGUUGCCAAUGCUAAUGAAAUAGCACGUUUGAUUGAUCUUGAAGAGCUUGAGACUGGAAGUGGACUUAAUCAAAUUGGCAAUUUACAACGACCUGGAGAAACACGUUGGAGUUCACAUUUUAGAUCAGUUUCUAGCUUAUUAAGGAUGUUUAGUUCAACUGUUGAAGUUUUACAAAAUAUAAUUGAUGGUGCAAUUGAUGGAGAAAAUCGGGCAGAAGGAGAGCCAGCUUAUGAAGAUGAUGGAUGGGAUGGCUUACUCACCACUGUGAUAUCAUUUUGUGAGAAGCAUCGCAUUGAUGUCCUGGAUAUGAAUGCUCGUUAUGUUGCGAGGCGAGGUCGAGCUCGUAAUCAACCAGAUAACGUUACAAAUGAGCAUCAUUAUCGAGUAAAUAUUUUUUAUGCUACAAUAGAUUCUCAACUACAGGAACUAAAUUAUCGGUUUAAUGAAGAUGCAAUGGAGUUGCUUAGGCUUAGCUCAACUUUAGAACCUCGAGAGGCAUUAAAAUCUUUCAGAAUUAGUGAUCUUUGUUUGUUGGUAAAGAAUUUCUAUUCACAAGAUUUCACAGAUUAUGACAAGCAAGUGUUGGAGAAGGAGCUUUAUCAUUUUGAGCAUAAUGUAGUCCAAGAUCCAGAGUUCAAAAAAUUGAAAAGUUUAUCUGAGUUGUCUCAAUGGUUAGUGAGAACUGGAAAUUCAGAACACUACAAACUUGUUUAUAGAAUGGUGAUACUUGUGCUUACUCUUCCAGUUUCUACUGCUACUACAGAGCGAGCAUUUUUAGCUAUGAAACUUGUCAAAACUGAACUUCGAAACAAAAUGGAAGAUGACUUUUUGAAUGACUCUUUGAUGUUAUACAUUGAAAAGGAUAUAGCUUCGACAUUUAGUUUGGAUUCAAUAGUAGAUGAUUUUGAAGAUUUGAAAGAGCGUCGAGUUCCCUUUUUAUAG